AUGGGAAAGAGCGAUGGCUUCUUGACGCCCAAGGCGAUCAGCAAUCGCAUCAAAGCCAAGGGCUUGACGAAGUUGCGAUGGUACUGCCAGCUCUGUCAGAAAGCUUGUCGAGAUGAGAAUGGCUACAAAUGCCAUACCAUGUCCGAGUCGCAUCUUCGACAAGUGCGGGUGUUCUCGGAGUCUCCAGGCUCGUUCAUUGAAUACUACAGUAGAGAGUUCGAAGAUGCUUUCAUGGAGGUCCUCCGAAGGAAAGGCGAACAUGUCCGCACAAAAGCAAAUUCCAUCUGGAUGGAAGUGAUCGCCGAUCGCCAUCACGUGCAUCUUAACGCGACAAGAUGGGUCAGUCUCACUGAGUUUGUCAAGUACCUCGGGCGAGAGGGGAAGGCUGAAGUCGACGAGGACGAGGAGGGCAAGUGGUACGUGCGCUACGUCAACAGAGACCCCGAGAAGAUACGGCGGCAGGAGGCGCUCGCAAAGAAGGAGAAGAUGGACCUCGACGACCACGAGCGAGCGCAGAAGAUGGUGGAGAGACAGAUCAAGGAGGCUCAGAAGGCUCUGCAGAAGAAAGGCAUCGACUCCGGCGCCAAGGCGGUGACGGAAGCAGACUGUGAGCUGAAGCGAGAGGAAGGAGACGUUAUCUCGCUCGGUAGCCUGAUGGGAGCAGCUAGCAGCAAAAGUAGCAUCACAACGCAAAAGGCCUUCGACGAGGACGAGGACAAGGACACCAGAGCGUCGACGACCAAGGACGUGGGUGGUGGUGCGUCAUCGAGCUCAGCGGGACAGAAACGGAAGCUGACAGCUGUGGAGGAGAUCAUGUUGAAGGAGAAGCGGCAGAAAGAGGAGGAAGCCCUGAAGAAGGCGAAGCAACAGGAGGAAGAGAGCCAACGAUGCGAGCAUGAGGACUGGCUGCAUCGGGGGAUCGUUGUGAAGGUCUUGAACAAGAAGCUCGCGGAUGGCAAGUACUACAAGCAGAAGGGUGUAGUCCAGAUGGUUCAUGGCAAGUUCGUUGGAGAAGUGAAGAUGAAUGAGUCGGGGCACGUGCUCAAGCUCGACCAGGAGCACCUCGAGACCGUGUUGCCAAACUUCGGGGGCGAGGUCCUUGUGGUCAACGGCAAGUUCCGAGGUCAAGUUGGAGUGCUCAAGGCGCUGGAGGAGGACAAGUUCAGUGCUGUGGUGAGACUGGAAGAUGGCAGUACCCGCAACAUUCCAUACGAACAUGUGAGCAAGUUGGCGUGAGGGCGAAGGCAAGGAUGGAGUAGAUGUACACACAUAG